AUGUCUUCUCCAGCUUGGAAUGGCGCAGCAUCAUCCUCACCAGCAUAUAGACCAUCACAAACUAAGAAUCAACGACAAUUCAAGGGCUGUUCAAGAAUAACAGACUACGAAUUUCUAGAUAAGCUUGGUGAAGGUACUUUCGGUGAAGUUCAUAAAGCGAGAGACAAGCAAAGUAAUGAAUUAGUUGCGUUAAAAAGAAUUUUAAUGCACAAUGAAAAGGAAGGCAUACCCAUCACGGCUAUACGUGAAAUCAAGAUUCUCAAACAAUUGAGCCAUAAAAACAUUGUUCCUUUAAGUGACAUUGCGGUUGAAAGAGAAAAGGGGAGUAUUUACAUGGUGUUCCCUUAUAUGGAUCAUGAUUUGGCUGGUUUAUUGGAUAACCCAAAAGUGCGAUUAACCCCACCACAAAUUAAGACAUAUCUGAAGCAACUAUUGGAAGGGACCGCAUAUUUACAUCAUAAUCGCAUUCUUCAUCGCGACAUGAAAGCUGCUAACCUCUUGAUCAACAAUGAUGGUAUAUUACAGAUUGCAGAUUUCGGUCUUGCACGUGGCAUCGAAGACGAUAAUAAGGAAUACACAAACUGCGUUGUUACUAGAUGGUAUCGACCACCAGAGUUGUUUCUUGGUGAAAAACGAUAUACUAGCGCAAUUGACAUGUGGGGUGUUGGAUGUGUGUUCGGAGAGCUUCUUAAAUCAAGGCCUAUAUUACAAGGACAAGACGACCUUGAUCAAUUGAAAAAAAUCUUUAACUUGUGUGGUUCACCCAAUCAGGACAAUAUGCCUGGUUGGGAUAAACUACCAGAUGCUAACAAGACCAAGUUCGAAACAAGCGCACGCCAUGUUCGAGAUGAGUACAUCAAUUUCGAUCCUGUCGCUGCCGAUUUAAUGGACAAGUUGCUCGUACUUGACCCCACAAAACGUUUGACAGCGCUAGAAGCUCUUGAACAUGACUAUUUCUAUUCUUCCCCUUUGCCUGCCAACCCGACUGAGCUGCCCAAAUACGAAGCAUCACACGAAUUUGAUCGUCGAAAAGUAAAGCAAAGACGUCAUAAUUAG